UGCGCGACUGGUCAUGAUCUUAUUUUGAUUCGAGUAUAUGGUUUAUAUACAAGGCUAACAACAGCUGCUGCAGUGCUAUAGUAAAUUUAUUUACCAUUAUUAUUUAAUCAGUAGUCAAUAGUUGUUGGUUUGUUAUCAGUAAACAAAUCAGAUUUUCAAUUUGUUGUUGAUCACAUUUCCAUUUUUUGUCACUAAGUCUUAUUAAAAAACCACAAUUUUUAUACAACAAAACAAUAACAGUAUAAUAGUUUAAAAAUUUCAUUAUGGAUCUUUUAAAAGCGGAAUUAGAAAAAAAGAGAAAACAAAUAGAAGACUCGAAUUUAGUUAAAGAUGGGCGUAAGUAUUUUAAAAGAUCAGACUUGAUAUCAAAAGAGCGGGAAGAGUAUCUAAAAAAAUGUACCAUUAAGAUUAAAGGGUUAGACAAUCCUAUAGAAAAUCAAUCUCUAGGAUGUGGCGAUGAAAGUAACAAUACUACAUCUGAGAAACAUACAUUAUCAAGAAAAGAAGUUGUUCGACGAUUACGAGAACGAGGAGAACCAAUUACUCUUUUUGGAGAAACAGAAUUGGAUUCUUUUAAGAGACUGCGUAGGAAUGAACUUGCUGAGCCGGAGUCAAAUAAAGGUUUCAGAAACGAUUUUCAAGAAGCUCUGGAAAAAGUUGACCAAGAUUAUUUAGAUGAACUAAUGACAAAUCAGACAACUGAGAAAAACUGCACAGAGUUGGAAAGUAUGGAAGAUGCAAUGAAAACUUAUGAAACUAUUCAGUCUAAAGCAGGUAUAUUAGGAAGAAGACGUGAUCGAACUCAAGAUAUGGAAAUAAUACUUCAGUUGUUACAACUGUUAUUGAAAAUGUGGGAAGUUCAGCUUAAUGCAAGAUCAGUUAAAGAAAAAGCUAGUACUAAAGGAAAAUUAGCAUUAGCUACUUAUAAUCAAACACAACUUUAUUUAAAACCACUAUUAAGAAAGUUAAAAAAUAGCAGUUUACCAGAUGACAUUUUAGAUAGUCUUACACUUAUAACUAAACACAUGUUAGAAAAAGAUUAUUUAAGAGCUAGUGAUGCUUAUUUAGAAAUGGCAAUUGGUAACGCUCCUUGGCCUAUUGGAGUUACUAUGGUAGGUAUUCAUGCUCGUACUGGACGAGAGAAAAUUUUUUCUAAAAAUGUUGCACAUGUACUCAAUGAUGAAACUCAACGUAAAUAUAUUCAAGCAUUAAAACGUUUGAUGACUAAGUGUCAAUAUUUCUUUCCAACUGAUCCAUCAAGAUGUGUAGAAUAUGUACCAGACCCAAAAUAAAAUGAUUUACUAUAAACAAUAAAAUAUAUAAAUAUCUAAUAUGAUAAUGUAUGAUCAUCUUAACUAUAAUAACCAUGUAUAAAUAUUAUUUGUGUAAACUGAUUUAACUAUAACUAGUAUAUUCUCUGAGUAUAUAAUUUUAAAUAACAAUCUUGUGGUUUAUUUUGUUAUUUCUU